GCCCAGGUAGCCAGUCAGUCAAUGAACUCUUUAUGGGGCUCAGGCAACCGUUGAGGAAUUGACAACCAAGUUCCUGUCUCUGGCAGCCGAGGGGGAAAUAACGGUCUCGGUGUGGACUUCUGGCCUGUAGCAAAUGUAGAGUUGGUCUGUUGGCCUCAGAUGGCCAAUGCUGCCAAUGGCUCAUUAUCACCACUCCCGGUCUCCCCCUAAUAAAUUAAAUCCCAAGUGUGCAAACAUCUUUUCAUCCACUUCUUUUCGACAGUCACCUCAUUCAUUGCCCCCGUUCCAGACCACUGUCGUAUUCAAAGCCACACAUCGGGCCAACAAAGCCUCGGGCUGCACGCAACGGAUCCGCCAGGGCCACCAUGUCUGACGACGAAGCCGAUCCCGAGCUGCUUGAGCUCCUCCGUGCCCAUGUGCUGGGCCAGUCCAGCGCGAACGCCGACCCUGAGACAGGCGUGCUCGACGGCGCCGAGUAUGUGUACGACAACUCAAUCGACGUUGCACUGGACAUGUGGUCAUGCAAGACGGCCGCCAACGCCAUCUACAAGCAGAUGCAGGAGAAAAGCUACUCCACGGCCACAUGGUCAGAACAUGAGCUCCAUCCCAAGGCCAAGGACGAGGCCACCGUUGACUUCAUCUUUACGAUGGACCUUCUGAACUUCUCCUUCUGGUCGGAGCUAUCCGACGACAAGCGCUUCGCUGUUUCGUACAAGGACAGGACCUGGACGGGCUACUGGAGCCUGGUGGCAGCCCUGCAGCGGGCUCUCGAUGAAGACAUACCCAUAACCAGUUCCGACUUCUGGCAGAGCGAGGACGAAUGCACGCUGGAACUCCUGAGACAUGUCUUUCGGUCCACGACAGAUGAGGAGAUACCCUUGCUCGAGCAACGCCUUACCUGUCUGCGUGAGGCUGGGAAGGUGCUCUACGAGAAAUAUUCAUGCAGCUUCACCAACUGUAUCAAAGCCGCCAAUGGGUCGGCAGCCGGUCUCGUGAACCUACUGGCCGAUGACUUCGCCUGCUUCCGAGACGAGACAAAAUUCGAAGGCCGGCGGAAACCAGUCCGCUUCCUGAAGCGGGCGCAGAUUCUCGUAGCUGAUAUCUGGGCCUGCUUCCAAGGUGCAGGCUAUGGCGCCUUCGGGGAUAUUGACAAGAUCACCAUGUUUGCCGACUACCGGGUACCACAGGUCUUGAACACUAUGGGCUGUAUUUAUUACAGCCCUACCCUGAAUGAGGUAGUCAAGGAGAAAAAGAUCAUCGAAAGCGGGAGCAGCUGGGAGGUUCAGCUGAGAGCAUGCAGCAUUUGGUGCGUUGAGCUCAUUCGGAGAGACAUCAAACGGACCCAUCCGGAUGUCAAGAUCAACGCCAUUCUGAUAGACUUUUUCUUAUACGACCUCAUGAAGGACCUAGAAUCCAGGGGCCAGGAGUCGAUUCCCCACCACCGCACAAGGAGCAUUUGGUACUAAGCGAGGAGAUCUUUUCAAUUUAGCUGCUGUUGCGCUGAAAUGCGCUCACGCUGUGCGCAUCUAGUAGUGCAGCUGCUUCGGAAUUUCAAAAGAUUUAGAAUAGCUUGACAGAUUGGCUCUGCCGGGGCCCGGGGUUUGGUAAAAUCCAGACCGAAGCCAUAAAAUCAUAUUCUGGCAGCAAACGCCUUCACUCCAACGUCCCAGCCCUUGCACAAGGGCCUAUCUGGGAACCCGCUCAGGUCCAGACAACGUACCAAUUUGCAUUGAUUCCCAUGUGUCGCAACUCCCAAAAGCAAAGUAUGGUGACCACUCUCACGGGGCUGAUCAGCCACUUCCUACGGCCGUGGACUCCAUCAGUCGAUCUAUGGCAGCCCUCUCAAUCUCCUUUUUGCCCUGCCCCUCCUCCUUCAGCAGGACUGCGAGCACCUCAAUUGGGGGGUCGAGGCCCAAUCUCUCAGCCCGGUACCACCGCCUCGCGCGUGGGAUGCCGAUGCAAGGCCCGUACUGUGAGCUGACGUCGAAGUAACGCAACACUUUCUCUGCCUGGCUCAGGUCCUCCUGGUGCACCCGCUUCGAGAUGCGCGCGGCCUCGACACCCUUCCAGUAGCGGUUGAUCUGCGCAUCGCUGACAUUCUCUGCCCUCAGCUCGGCCUCACUCUUCCCGACCUCUGGCUGCGCUGCUGGGACCUCCUCCGGCUGCUCAACCUCGACUUCAUCCACAUCCUCGGUAGUGGGGGUCUGGGCUUGGCGUUCUGGCCCGACUUUGGUGGCAGUGGGCGUGGAGAGCUUGUCAGACUUGCCGGACUUUGUUGUUCCGCUCUUGGUGACUUUGUGGUUGAAGCUGAGGGUAGACUGCCCCUUGCUCGCCGCAGCUCGAGCGGCUGCGCCGCGUGCGGAUUUGCGGGUUGCUGGCAUGGUGACCCGAGCUGUAAUGACGUCGAUGAGAGAUGGAUGAGAUGUCGAAGAAAGUGAGUGGAUGCGGGGAGGGGUAAGAAGAGUCUGGUUAAACUAUUGGUGUUUGGAGGAGUUAAAUUACGAGUGAGAUGUCCCGUCUUUGUUUGUUUGACCGUCUGGCUGGGAAUUGGGAGGUUGGCUGAUGCUGGUGGUGUUGGGGAUCUGGGGUAAAGU